GGGUCCCUUGACUGUAUUUAUUACUGUGGGUAUCCUUCAAGUUUGCUCCUUUGAUUUUCAUUUUUUCAUGGCAUGCUUAGACAUGUAUAACAAUUCAGAUCACAAAGCUCAAUACUGUGCUCCUAUGAGCCCAAGAAUCUCCUUCUCCAAUGAUUUUGCUGACUCACAACACCAACAACAUAUUGUCAAGCAAGAGAGUAGUAGAAGCUCAUUCUCAAGAGAUCAAGGACCAGUGUCCACAGACUUUGAAUUCUCAGUCACAAACAACUAUUCCAUGAUGAGUGGUGCUGAUGAGCUUUUCUUUAAGGGUAGGUUGCUGCCAUUUAAAGACAACAACAAGACCACUCUUAGAGAAGAGCUGCUAGCAGGGGAUGAUGGUGAUGAUGAUAUUAUGCCAUCUUCACUUAAACCUCCUAAGAGUUCCACCAGGUGGAAGGGACUUCUGGGUCUGAAAAGAAAUCAUAUUGGCUCAUCCAAGAAAGCUGAAAAGAGUAGUGAAGUGUGUGAGAGUAGAAGGCCUGCAGGUUUUGUCCAUGAAGAGAUGAGCAAGACUACUUCACAGGAAAUGUUAAGCGAGUCUACGAGUUCAAAUUGCAGAGAUUGGGAGGUUGGGAUAUAGAGUGAGUUUGUAGAGAGGAAUUUUUUGAGGAGGAAGAUGGGACUUGGGGAGUGAUUUUCUUCUACCAUUUUAGGGGAGGUU